AGGAAACGAUGCAAACUUGGGCUGGGUCGAUCAAGGAAGGAAAUACGAAAGGCCAAGACUGAACGAGAACCCCAUUGUUCUCAGGUGUCUGUACAUGUAUCUGGCGACGCAGAAGCAGACUUCCCAGGAAGAGCCGAAGUCGAUGACACCCAUGGAAAGACUGAAGAAGGAUGCCCGACGAUGCAUUGCUGGUGUGAGAAAGUCCUUGUAGGACCUGGCCCUUGGCUCGGGCUUGGGAGACGACAUGCUUGCGGAAAGAAAGAAAAGAAAGAGGGAGAGCGAGGCGAUUCGAUUGAAGCCUUCAAGCUCUCAUGCUCAAUAGAAGCAGAUGGUCGAUCGCAAGAAUGGCGCGCUGUCACAUGUUUUGCUCAAGAAACAACAGUCUUAGCAACAAGCUUGAGAUUGAGAGCAAGAGCCACCCAAACCCCAGACACAACCCAGGCCUCGAAGGUACAUAUAGACACUAUACACCCUCACACUCCAAUAUCCCUCCGAUUAACACCUCCCAGCCCAACCAACAACAUGGCGCCGCUCCGACGACCCGCAAUACGCCGACGACCCCGAAUUCCAAGCCCUCACAACCUCCCUCUCGGACCAACUCUUCACCCUCACAUCCUCCAUAUCGCGCCUAAACAACCAGAUAGCCCUCCUAGGCACGCGGCGCGAAACCGACCGCGUGCGCGAGCGCGUGCAAAGCCUCCUGCAGGAAACAGGCGACAGCUUCAAAGAAAUCGGCGAAGGCCUGAAGCGCGUUUCGGCCUGGGAGGACCUGGGCCCCAGCCAGAAGUACACGCAGGGCAAGCUCAACCAGGAGUUCCGCGCGAGCUUGACCGAGAGGGCGAGGCUGCUUCUGCUUCUGCGCAGGCGGCUGGUCGAUUUCCAGGAGACGCUGAUCAUCGAGCGAGAGUCGGAGAUCCGCAACAUCGAGCAGUCGGUCGGCGAGCUGAACGAGCUGUUCAGAGACGUGGCGCAUAUGGUGCACGAGCAGGGCCAGACGCUCGAUAUCAUUUCGGACAAUGUGACGCAGACGCGCGACGACACGAGGAAUGCGGACCAGCAGCUGCGGACGGCCAGCCGGCAUCAGAAGAGUGCUAG